AUGUGGGAGCGAACCUUGCAAGACCUCAUCCGAGGCCUACGUGCCAAUAAGAAAGAUGAGGGCAAGUUCAUCGCACAAGCGAUUGCGGAGAUACGUCAGGAGGUCAAGAGCAAAGACAUGGAGCUAAAGGCGGGCGCCGUGUUGAAGCUCACAUAUCUAGACAUGUUGGGGUAUGACAUGAGUUGGGCAUCAUUCCAUGUCGUCGAAGUCAUGUCAUCGCCAAAGAUUCACCUGAAGAGCGUCGGUUAUCUUGCCGCGGCACAGUCGUUCCAUCAGGACACGGAUGUUCUCAUGCUGACCACGAACCUACUCAAGAAGGACUUGGCUUCCAAGCCCGAGGAGGUGGCAGUCACUCUGAACGGUCUCUCGCACAUUGUGACGCCAGACUUGGCUCGCGAUCUAUGCCACGAUCUCAUAGCCAUGCUCAACCAUUCAAAACCUCAUAUUCGGAAGCGCGCCGUGCUUGCUGUAUACAAAGUAUUCGUCAAGUAUCCGGAGAUCAUACCGUAUGGAAUGAGCAGAUUGAAGGAGAAGCUGGAUGAUCCAGACCCUGGUGUUGUGGCUGCUACUGUCAAUGUUCUAUGUGAGCUUGUACAGCGAAAUCCCAAAGACUACCUCACCUUGGCACCACAAAUGUUCCAUCUCAUGACAACGUCUACGAACAACUGGAUGCUUAUCAAGAUCAUCAAGUUGUUCGGUACAUUGACCCCUUACGAGCCUCGACUAGUGAGAAAGCUGCAGCCACCAAUCACGGACCUCAUCUCCACUACACCUGCGAUCUCUCUCCUCUAUGAGUGUGUGCACACUUGCAUCAUUGGCGGCAUGCUUCAAGAUGCAUCAGGAAGUUCUCUGGCGAGGACGUGUGUCACAAAAUUGGCGGCGUUCCUCCAAGAUCCCGACCAGAACUUGAAGUAUAUCGCAUUGCUUGCGAUGGUCAAGAUCGUGCCAACCCAUCCUGAGCUCGUGGCCGAGUACCAAGACAUGAUCAUCUCCAGCGUCGAUGAUCAGGAUAUUAGUAUACGCAUGCGAGCCUUGGACCUUCUCUCUGCAAUGGUCAGCCGGAACAACCUGCAGCCUAUCGUCCAGGCGUUGCUGUCACAUUUAGUCCGCCCAGAGUCAUCAACCUUGCCAUCCGCAGCCCAGACACUACUAUCCCAAUACAGAACAGCUGCAGCCGCCGCAACGCCACCGAAGUCCGCUAGCGCGCCCUCUCAGUCACCUGCGUACCGCCUCACACUAUCACAACGGAUACUGGCGCUUGGCUCCCAAGACACGUACGACAACGUGAUUGACUUUGAAUGGUAUCUGUCUGUCCUAGUCGAUCUCGCGUACGUCUCCGGUGCCAACGUCGGGCCGCAAAUCCGCGACCAGCUGGUGGACAUCGUCGGACGCGUGCGGGGUGCCCGACGAUAUGCCGUGCAGCUAAUGGUCAAGGCGCUCACGGAUGACUCGUUCCUGCUGAAUGCCUCCGAGGAGGGCAGCUGCGCGGAGAUACUGUGGGCCGCGGCGUGGAUAUGCGGCGAGCACUGCGGAGAGCUCGCGGAGCCACAGAAGCUGCUGAAUUAUCUCCUACAACCGGGGAUAGCUGCGCUAGAGCCGGAGACGAUCGCAGUGUAUUUGCAGGCUGCUACAAAGGUGUUCGGCUAUUGGGCUGCGGAACAGGCUGACAGAUGGGACGAUGACGACCUGCCCAAGAUCAAGAGCGUCGUUGAUAUGAUGCUGGAGCGCUGCAGAGACUUUGCGACCAAUCCGGACAUCGAGGUCCAAGAACGGGCCGCGGAAAUGCUCAAUCUAUUCACUUUCAUCCGUGCCGAUCUCAAUUCCUACCGGCCAAGGGCAGACAAUAGCUUUGGCCUCGGCGAUGCUAGCCUCUCAGGGUUUGAGGAGCCUGCGCCGGCAGAACCCAACUUUCCCAAGAGCCUUUUCCUCAUCCGUCCGCUCUCUGCAUCAUACGAGCUCAACGCCGUCGCGCGCUCCGCACAAGCUGCUGUUCCGAUCCCGGAGGGUUUGGAUCUCGAUGCAUGGAUUACGGCACCACCCAAAGAGAUGCACGAUGCCAUCGAGAGAGAAGACGAAGCGCAGGAGGACAAAAAGAAGAAGAAGAAGGGCAGCAAAAAGGGAAAGGAGAAGGAGUCGAACGGCGCUAAGAGCAAGGGAAAGAAGAGGGCGGACCGGACGACGGACGACGUCACUCCGGUAGCUGCUGAGACUGCGGAGGAACGGGCUGAGCGCGAGCGUGUGCGUCAAUGCUCAUGUGGCUCUCCGUGGCGUAAGGCGGAGCGGUUAGAGCGGCUCCGAGACGACCCAUAUUAUCUCAUUGACGACCGGCCAUCAUCAACCAUGCCCACUGUCGGCGAUGUGGAGUCUAUACCGGUGGUUAGACUGGAUGACCUCCCACCGAUUUCCCAAGGCAAUUCCCGGCUUCCCCGUCUUCGGAACACGCCUUCCCCCGAGCCACAGACGUUCAUUAUCGACAAAACGGGCGAAAUGCCAGAAGGUGCCGUAGCAGUGGCGGUGGCGGACACCAGCAUAGAGGCACAACCACCACCAAGUGCUAACCCCUCCAAGGAUAGCGCGCAGCCAACAGCGCCACCAUCAUCCUUCCCGCCAUAUGAAAUGGAGGACGAGCUGUCGCACACCGCCACUCCGCCGCCCAUCAAGGUCACAAGGGCAAAGAAGAAGGGCACGUCGAGCGGGAAAAAGAAACGGACAAAUAAAGUCGAUAGCACUAGUCCUUUACCAGAGUGA